AUGGAGCAACUUGACAAUCAUAGCAAAGUUACUGAAAUUGUACUGUCUGGGUUCCCAGGCCUCAAAAAUAUUCACAUUUUAUUCUUCGUGGUACUUCUGAUCAUCUAUCUGUUCAUCAUCACUGGAAAUAUUUUAAUUAUUUUAGUCAUUCAGAAUGUGCCCAGCCUACACCAUCCCAUGUAUAUCUUCAUUGGGGCGUUAUCAUGUCUGGAGAUUUGUUAUACAGCAGUCACAAUUCCGAAAAUGCUGGCUGACCUACUGGAUAAAGAAAAGAAAAUCUCCUUUGUUGGAUGCCUACUACAAGCCUACUUCCUGCAUGCUCUUGGAGCUGUAGAAUGUUACAUCCUUACCAUAAUGGCCUAUGAUCGGUAUUUGGCCAUCUGUAAACCAUUACAAUACUCAUCUAUUAUGGUGACUAGGCUUUAUGUCCCAGCUUAG